CAUUUAUAUAUACAUAUCCCGACGAUAAAAGCAUAUCACAUAAGCCUACCAACAGUUUACAAUUGUUUAAUAUCGAUUUUGAUUUUGUACAACUCAAUAUAUCAAGACAACAUUGCUAUUAUCAAGUCUAUAUGAUGAAUUGUCAAUACGAAGUUGAAGAAUUAGAAAAUGGUGAAGCUGCUUUAGAAGCCUUCAUGAAUUGUACAAAAAAUCCAGAUCAUAAAAAUUUUAUUCCUAUGGAUAAAUUCACCCUAAAUGACCUUCCUCUAGAUUAUCGUGACCAAGAUUUCUUUGACCUGAUUAAGGCUACAGCUGACCUGACAGUUAGAAUUGGUGUGCCAUUUGUCAGUGAAAACAGACCAGAGUAUUGGCCCAAAGAAAAUAAAAAAUAUCCUUUUUCUGAGAAAAGAAACACUACGACAAGUAGAACUGGAACUGGAAAAAUAUACGUGUACAAAUACAUAGAUGGGUGUGGAUUUGAUGGAUAUGGUCGAAAUUUUAAAUCUCCGACCGGUACUAAACUUGAGACUACUAAUAAAUAUUGUCCAUGUCAAAAAUGUCAAGACUCAGGGGAAAAGAAAAACGUCUGGUGGGAAAUUUUUAUUUUUACAGCCACGCAUUUAGUUUAUGAUGAAAUUGAAGCCAGUAAGGCUGUUUGUAGGUUGUUCUAUGAUGCUGAAGACAGUGAAGUUACACUUUUGGAAAACUUGAGUCUCGUAUACGCAAAUGUUGAGAGGGACGUCUGUGAGAUGAAAUACGUGACGUGUGAUGCGGAACUUGGAGACAAACUUUACCAGACGGUACAACUCUGCUAUGACCUAUUGAAAAAAAAUUUUGAGGGGAAUUUCACAUCAAAAUUUGUGUUUAUAGUAUCACAUCCUCAUGGCAGUUCUAAGCAUGUCAGCUUUGGUAGACUACAAGACAACGAGAGGUAUGAGGAACUGAACGCUGAUUACGACCUGUCAAAGUUGACCUAUGAUACGCCGACAUGUCCAGGAAGUAGUGGCGCGAAAGUCUACUGUCUUGGGUUGAAUAUGUCUGGGGAAUACGUCCAUAGGGGGAGUUUAGACUCAAAUCUUAAUUAUAGUAGCACUGGCUUCUGUAGUAAGAAAUGUUGAGGGAUCAGGUAAAAAACAGUAGAUAAAGUGCUUUAUGUGACAAAGUAACGUUUUAUUAAAAUAUGUAGUUCUAUUGUAAUCCUUAACUAAAUGUGAUGAGGAAUCAUGGGCGUAGCCAGGGUUUUUUCUUUUUUUUUUUUUGGUGGGUGGUGGAUGGGAUGAAUUUAAACGUCUUACUUCAACUGAAUCAACUGUAACGACUCGCUACAUAGACUUUAACUCUAGUCCACCUCAGUUAACUCUACUCUAGUUAACUAGCAUCUAGUCGUAGACUUGUCUCUUCUACUGCCUCGCACAGUAGACAGCAGUAACGACUCUACCGACGACUCUAGUCUAGACCAGUGGUGGGCUAAUUACGUCCCGCCGAAAAGUUUUAUGCGGCCCGCGGACACCUACAUAGAUUAGGUGUUCUCACAGAUUAUACAUAUAAACCCAAUCAUAAACUCUUUACACGGAAAGAUUGCGCAUUUAAUAUCACACAUCAAACUCAUAGCUAAGGCAGUUCUGAGGAGUACUUCGAGAUUCGGAAACAAAACAUUCCGAUGUAUACGGUAGUAUACUCUUGUUUAGCAUGGACAAGGUUUUGAGAAGAAUAUGGGAUCUCAAUGAAGAAAUUGUUAUGAUCCUUAAAGAACAUUGAUUGUGACUUUUUAAUAAUAUUUCUAAUGAAGAAUGGAAAACAGACUUUUUGUUUGCCAUUCACAAUAUUGCAAUGGGUUGUUUGCACUUGAAAUAUAUGUGCAUACUAAAUCUUUCCAAACAAAGCUAUUCUAUUUCUCCAGACAAGCAACUGAGAUGUGAAACAAUUUCUAGUGGAAUGGUUGAAAGGUACGAAACUUAAUUAGAUUCUUCUAUUGUGGAAUUUUAAAGCAUUUUUUUUAAAUAAACACAUGUAAAAACAGGUCAAUGCUGACUGAUUGAUUUGAAAGCAGUUACAUUAUGGAUGAGUAUAAACAGUAAAAUAAUUCUCAUUAAGUAUAACUGUACAUUUGUGGUAAAAUAUUGUGAUGUAACAGGCAAUUUAAAAAAUGUUCGAAAAAUUUAUUUCAGAAAUGGCUAACUCUUGUUGUAGUUCCUUAUUGGGAGUGUAAAACAAUAAUAUGUAAAUUUAGAAUACAGUACAAAUGUGAAUUAAAAGACAUUGUACAUAGUUAGCUAUCGUAUUUGUCUCAGUUGUAAGUAUAUAUGCGGCCCCCAUUCCCAAAUUUUUUAAUGCGGCCCUUGAUCGAUAAAGGUUGCCCACUUCUGCUCUAGACGACUAACUCUUCACAUUAACUCUCUGGCUUAUAUAGAGGCCCUAAUCGCUCCUCCAAUGUUGCAGAAACACUGCUAGUACCUUCUGGAACAUCACGUAAGGACACGUCACAUCCUGUCUUUGUUUAUGUUAAUACAUGUAUAUUCCAGAGAACAAUCGCUGCUAUGUCAUCUCGCCGGGGUCACAUGUAGUGACCUCCCCUUGUCACUGUUCAUUUGUAACAAUAUGUCUGUAACAUUUCAGCUCACAAAAUAGAUUGCUUUUGCAAACGUUCGUCCCCCCCCCUUUCCCCCCAAAUUUAUUCCGCCAACUCACUUCUGGAGGCGUCCAAAAGCACCUAUGGCCCUGACCAGAAGGUUACCCACUUCCCUUGAAAACGAUGCAUCAUUCUAUACCAUGCUUCCUAGAUAUGUAAAGAGGUCUACCAUGUUAAGGGGAUGUCCAUAUCCAGGGAUCUUUGGGGCUGAGAAGAUUUUAUUGAGUGAAUUCUGGAACAUGACUUAUUGGAUGACAUCCGGAGUAAGCCGAGACCACUGGAAGACAAAGUUGGUAUUGCUUUGGGACUGCUGAAGAUGAAAAUCAUAGGGGUUGCCAGGGACACCUUUUUUUACAGAGGAAUUGGGGUGCGAAAAGGAGCAAUGCUUAUGUUAAGCUUCGAUAUGAUAAUCGUCGUCUUUCUUAAGUUAAAUUAAUUAAAAUAACUGUCCUCUCUGCGUCUUUUACAACAAUUUGAAAAAUAUAUUUAACUUUAAUUGUGGCUGCCUGGUCGGGAUGGCUGCAUGGACGAGUGGCAUGCGCUCAGGACUAUAGUUCGAAGUCGGUCUUCCCGACUUUUAAACCCUGUCCACCGUCCUGAGAGAGGGACUUGCCCUAGGAUGCAAUUAACUUUAAUUUAUCCUUAAUUCUCAAGAAACAUUGGAAACAAAUUAAACUGGCAAUUUAGUGUUUCUAGCUUAUGGUCGACGUUUGUUAUGUAACAAUGUUGUCUAAAAACAAAUCAUCUAAUAUUAUUAUAGCUUUUAUAUAGCGCUACUUUCAUGCUUAUAUCAUGCUCAGAGCGCUUUUUGGUCCAAUCGCAUUUGUGGACCAGUGGGGUAAGGGGUAUCUAGGAGUUGAUUUUCCGUGCUGCCUUUAGGCAGCUCAGUAAACACAACUCUGCCCGAGUCGGGUGUCGAACCUCGAGCCCGCUUCUAGGUAGCCAAGCCAAGCCAAGUUCAAGCGCACUUGGCCUCUCGGCCACUCUUGUAUCCCAUUUUUAGGCUUUAGUUAAGUUUAUGUUGAUGUCUUGCAUAAAUAAUAAAUCAUUGUACUUAUCUGUUUUACAAUCUAGAAAAGGAGAAAGGUAAUAAUUUAAGUUUAUAGCGUCUCGUAAUACGUUGUAUUUUUUUUUAAAUCAUAAAUUCCUCUUCAAAUGACAAUGGACCUCAAUCACCAACCGUAAACAAACAACAUUUAGCCACGUGGUGCUCUAUCUCUUCUACAUAAUUUACGAUCUUAUGUUUGAUUCACGUGACAGUUUUUUUUUCUUCAUUGUUUUAUCAAUAAGAUCACGUGACUAAAUGUUGUUUGUUUACGAUUGGUGAAUGAGGCCCAUUGCAAGAUAUCAGGACAAUAUAAACAUAGGGCAGAAGCAACACAGUUAGUUUUUGAUUUGUUAGUCUCGAAGGUUGUUUUUUUUUGAAGAAAGCGAUGGGAAGUUAACAUCAAAGAAUAGACAGGCCUGUAAGUGAAUAAAUUCUACCGUAGGCAAAGGACAGGGAUGAAUAGAGAAAAACGGUUGACGGUUCUUGUAUGGUGCCCCGGCGGUCCAUCAGACUAAAGAGAUAGGUGAAGAUCAAUUAAAAAAUUUUUAGAAUGCAAGCUCAUGCAUUAAACGUGAAGUUUAGCAAUUGUAAAAAAAAUCCAGAUCAUAAAGAUUUUUUCCCUAUUCAUAAAUUUACCAUACAAGAUCUUCCUGAAGAUUAUCGUGACAAAGAGUUGUUUGACCUGAUUAAGGCUACAGCUGACCUGACAGUUAGAAUUGGUGUGCCAUUUGUCAGUGAAAACAGACCAGAGUAUUGGCCCAAAGAAAAUCAAAACUAUCCUUUUUCUGAUAAAAAAAACACUACGACACGUAGAACUGGAACUGGACAAAUAUACGUGUACAAAUACAUAGAUGGGUGUGGAUUUGAUGGAUAUGGUCGAAAUUUUAAAACUCCAACUGGGACAAAACUUGAGACUUCGUAUAAGACGUGUCCUUGUCAAAAGUGUCAAGACUCAAACGAAUCCAAAAACGUCUGGUGGGAAAUUUUUAUUUUGACAGCCACGCAUUUAGUUUAUGAUGAAAUUGAAGCCAGUAAGGCGGUUUGUAGGUUGUUCUAUGAUGCUAAAGACAGUGAAGUUACACUUUUGGAAAACUUGAGUCUCGUAUACGCAAAUGUUGAGAGGGACGUCUGUGAGAUGAAAUACGUGACGUGUGAUGCGGAACUUGGAGACAAACUUUACGAGACGGCACAACUCUGCGAUGGCCUCUGGAAAAAAAUUUUACAGAAACAAAAUUCCAAUUUUGUGUUUAUAGUAUCACAUCCUCAUGGUUUGCCUAAGCAUGUCAGUUUUGGUAGACUACAAGACAACGAAAGAUUCACUGAAAUGAACGCAGAUUAUGAUCUGUCAAGAUUGACCUAUACAGCGUCAACUUGUUUUGGAAGUGCUGGAGCUAAAGUCAACUGUCUAGGGCUAAAUGUGUGUGGUGAAUACGUCCAUGUAGGGGCUUCGGAAUCCAAUCUGAAUUAUAGUAGCAUUGGCUUUUGUAGUAAGAUAGGAUAACUUGUAAAAGCAAGUGGUCAAAGAAUUACAUUCAACCUAUCGUGAUAGUGAUUUUUUUUUAUUGUUUUGACUUUGCCUUUUAGUUUAAUAAAAAAAAAAAAUUUCGAUUUCUCUAUUCAAGGCAUAUUCUUUUUUUUUUCACCUACACACACACACACACACAUAUAUCUGUUUCAGUUAUAUUUUCAGAGAUAUUUGAUAGGCUCUUUGAUAUUUUUGGGCUGGUACUUUUUUUUUGUUACAUCCUGUCCCGCCUCCCCUCUCUUUGAAAACAAAAACUUAAAUUAUAUAAUCUGUUUCAUCUAAUUUGCACUGCCCGCUUUAUAAUUUUAUGUCUGCAAACAAUAUACUUUAUAAUUCGACCCCCCUUCCUUCACCCUCCUCCUUUGUAUAUAAUCCUACAUACCAUCAAUUUUUCAACUCUUCCUUGAAAUAUUUCAAAAAGCUUUUCGACAUCGAGGAGGCGCGGUGGCUGAGCGGUAAAGCGCUUGGCUUCCGAACCUGGGACCGGGGUUCGAAUCCUGGUGAAGACUGGGAUUUUUAAUUUCGGGAUCUUCGGGCGCCUCUGAGUCCACCCAGCUCAAAUGGGUCCUUUUCUGAUACCUGACAUUAGUUAGGAAAAGUAAAGGCGGUUGGUCGUUGUGCUGGCCACAUGACACCCUCGUUAACCGUAGGAAACAGAAACAGAUGACCUUUACAUCAUCUGCCCUAUAGACCACAAGGUCUGAAAGGUGGAACUUUACUACUUUUUUGACAUCAACCUUUUUUUUAUAUUAAAUCUUUCGUAUCGAACGCUCACAUAAUAUCCUGGCUGAGCAUUCCCCUCCCUUUUUUUUCAUUGUAAUUCUACCCUAAAAUAAUUUUUGUCCAUAAUUUAUAGUUGGUUACGUUGGGCUAGAACGAACCGCUUAUAUCGAUCUCUCACACUUUUCUAGCUUUCCCUUUCCCCACCAAUAAAAGUAAUUCUACAUACAUUUGCUGACAUUUCUUCUUCGGCUUCUUAAUUCAAUAUUUAAAUAUUUCAUAGCUUUUUGUCCAAACCUCUGGCGUCGCCCUUAAAAUUAUAAUAAACCACUGCGGUGUCGUCCGUUAAAGGUGCUCAGUUGUCCUAGACACACGAAAUAUAAUGACUUGGCUAAAGCAAGUAAGAGGUAUGUAUUUAAUAAAACUUGUAAGGUCAUUGGUAAAAAACAACAACAUUGGGGCAAAAAAAAUCGUUCAUAAGAAAUCUUAAAUGAUUUUAGAAAAACAAAAAACUGAUUUGGGCCAGGAUUUUGUGAUUUUUACCAUCCCGAAGGAGAUACAAGACACCGAUAGCAAAGACAAACAGACACAACAAAAUUCCUUUGUUCCCCUGGCAAUCAAAUCAUUUCAUACAACUCAACUAUCUGAUAGAAACAUUAGAUCUGUAACCUUUGAGUCAAUCUAUAUUUUAUUUUCUAUAGUUUCAUUUAUAGUGCUUUGUAUUUGGUGUCAUGCACAAAUUGUAAGACAUUUCCUCAUGGAAAAUAAAUAUGAUUAUGAUUUAUUAUUAUUAUUAUUAUUUUUAUUAUUAUUAUUCUUGUAUUGUUGAUUCUAUUUUUAUUGAUUAUUUAAAGCUCUUAAAACUGUUUGUUUUUAUUUAUAAAACGAAUAUUAUGCUCACCCAUAUUACAUAUGUAUACUCUUUUUUUUACUUUAAACACAUGUAUAGUCGUUCUAAUAGUAAACUUUUAACAUUGGUUAUUAAGUUGUUUUUUUUUUUUUUUCAAAUAUUCAAAAUGUAUGCACAUGUUUUUUAGAUCACAGUGAUUUUCUCCUCAGUCUAGUGGUACUUUCAACAAUGCUUGAUUUACAUGGAAAGAAAAAGAAGCAAAAUUUCAGCCUAGUUCAAGUCUAUGUUUCAACACUCCUCAAGUACACUUGAAUUUUAGUAUCCCUGAAACCUACAGUGAACUACUUUCAAAGAGUUAAUGUUGUUUCUUCCUCCAAUGGAAGCCCCCUUACUUUAACUCAUAAGACUGGCAUGUAAUUUUUGAUACUCUUUACCUCCCCUAGUCCCCCCCCCCGGCCACCCAAUAUUCAUAAACUCUCUUAUUUUCUACUUCGGAGUCUGAAAUACGUAUGUAGAUCUAGCGGCUUCUAGCCUUUAUAACAUUUCUUGUAAACCAUUACUUGGUAAAAAAACUAACACGAUUUAAGAAGCCACUUUAUUUGGUUUAAGUAAAUUCCUACCACAAAAUAUAAUCCUUCUAAAAUAUAUAUAACUUGUUUGCUAUUGCGUUAUUUUUCUACCCUACUUGAUAUUUCAGUUUGGGGGUUUAACCUACCCUUAAAAGUUUUAAAAAAGAUAGAGAUAUGUGUAUUUAAAGGAAAACAUCAUUUUUGUGCAACAAGUAAGAUAGAGAGAUAGAGAUGAAAUAAUUUGUUUUUUUUUUGGUUCAAUCAAAUGUAAAUCGACAUACAUAUUCAGUUGUUGUUUUUUUUGUGUGUGUUUUUUUUUUAAAGUGGUGUUAGAAAUAUUUAAGGACAAAAGAUAAAUCAGGGAAACACUACCGCUGGUCUUUUAAAAAAUGUUUUGCUGUUUUUAGAUACAUGCUAAGAACUAUUAUAAUUAUAAUUUGAAUUUAUUUGUUUAUUCUACAGUUUUUUUUUUGUAUGGUUGUUUUUUUUUUGUUUUUUUUGUUGUUGUUGUUUUUUUGUACAGAGGUUAUAUCCACUUACUCUGUCUGUCUGGUAAAAAGUUUGAACAUGUUUUUUCUCCCGUUUCCCAUUCUCGGAACAAGUUAAAACUUUGCACAAUUAAUUAUUAAACUUGACAAGGCAUACAUCAAAAGAAAUUUUUUUUUAAAAGUUAAUUCAUUGUUGGUGAUUAAUUAGUUUGUUUGAUUUGAUAGAUGAGAGAUGGAGCUAUGGUUUUACAGCCCUUAUUACAUUUUUUCCCCAAUUCCCAUUCUCGGAUCAGGAAUAAUUCACACAAUUAUUCAUAGUCGAUGAGAAUACACGAAUCAAUGCAAAAAUUAUCCAAUUAGCUAAUCAUACAGUAAUAAAUAGUUAAUUUUGUUUUAUAUAACAGAAAGAGAGCUAAACACUGUAAAUUUCAGAUAAAUAGUAAUAAUUAGCCAUUAUUUCCCCCCUAGAUAAGUUUUGGUUUUAAAAAGCAGUGGCGUCACUAGGGUCGGUGUCCCCCGGUGCGGUAAGCUCGGGGUGUCACCCCCCCCCCCUAAGAAAAUAUAAUCUUCCCAUCUAAAACAAACAACUUUCUGUAUGUUGAACAAUAAAACUGUAAGCUAAUUAUUAAAUUGGUUAUACUUGAAAAAUGGUUUUCGAUUAUAUUUUAAAAUGUAGUUUUUUUACAUUUAAUCAAACGUUAUUGUUUAAAUAAAAAAUGUACAAUCAUAGAAUUGAGAAACCUUGAGUUGAACAUAUUUUUUACUAGAGAUUAUUUAAGAGCUCCUUAAGGAAAAUGUCUUAAAUUAUACUAGUGUUUCUCAGCUGCUUUCGAAAACGCCACUGUUAAAAAGUAUUAUUUUUUCUAUUGUUCGAUGUUUUGUAUGUAAGUAGGUACAAAGCUGCAAAUUCUCAUUCCAUCCAGCUCUAAUGGAACCUGACAUAAACUGGGAAAAAGUAAAGGUGUUUUAUCACUCCAUAGAAACAGAUGACAUUUACAUUAUAUGUACUAUAGACUGCCUGGUUUAGAAAUAGCAUUUUACUUUACAUAUUGCUACGAAUCAUUGGCAAAAAACAAAUCCCAUUUGGGCAGUUGUUUGAGACAAACAUCUAUAAAGAAGCUAACAAGAUCCUCGAAAUAAAGAAUCACCCAUUGUGUCAGGAUUUUGUGAUUUUACCAUCACAAAAGAGAUACAAGACACCGAUGGCAAAGACAAACGUGCAUGUGUACUCUUUUGUUCCCCUAGCAAUUAAAUCAUUAAAUAAAAACAAUCUGAUAUAAACUUUGGCUAUUAGUUUACGUGAAUAGAAACGCUAAAUCAGGUUUCUCUUAUAUUUUAAGAAUAUGCAGAAAAAAAUGCAGAUUACAAAGAUGUAAUUUGAUUUCCUCGGAGAUAAAUAGUUUUUAAAAUAUAAAUUUUUAAGUUUUAUUUCUUAUUACUAUAUAUUGUCAUUGGAAAUACGCCAUUUUGGUUUUAAGCCUUAAUACUAGACUAUCUCCCUUGAAUUACUUGCCAACUUUUUUCUGUUGCUGUUUUGUCUUUCUUUCUAGCAGUUAUUAGAUCUAAUAUUAAAAUUCAUUUAAAAUGAUAGCAGCAAGAACAAAAAACUCUCUUUAAAAAGUUAUUGGAAAAAAGAAGAAACAACUUCAUCAAUUUAUUAACAUUUUUUUAGACCUUCAUUUCAGUAAAUACACUUAAAAACUCAUAAGUUGACAGCAUAAGAACAAAAAUUUCUAUAAAAAAAGUUUAAUAUAGAUAAAUAGAUAAAUAUGCUUAAAAACAACAUGGUGGUCAGUAAAGGUAUCUGGUCAUCUAAACUAUUACCAAACUUUGUCACAUGUAAAAUAUGAGUGCGUCUGGUGUGAAUGUACACUUUGGUUUCUUAAAGUUAUAAUGUUUUUUGUUUGGGUAAUGCACACAUUGUAAGACAAAUUUCCAUACGGACAAUAAAGAUUAUUAUUAUUAUUAUUA